AUGAAAUCCCUCUGCGCCAUUCUGUUCCGCUCGUUACAUCAGCGACGACCAUUCGGCCUCGACCGCCUAGUGACUGCGGAAGUAACAAGAACAGUAGGGCUGAGUGCAACAAUUCCCCUCGCGUUUGGGCACUGGCAAUAUGUCGGGAACACCGCUCAGGGACAUAGGCUGAACUCAACCAAGGCCAACCAGCCGAACGACAAGAAGAAGCCAACUGGGAAAGGAAAUAAGCCGAAAUUGACAAGGGAAGAAAAGAAAGAAAGAAAAGAAAAACGUGAGAAAGUUGUCAGGGAGUUCAACGAGUUCAUAGGCAGGAGAAAACUCGAAGACUGGAAGAAACUCUGCGAGACCAUUGGUCUGGAUGGCGAGUUCAACAGUAUUAACAGCUGUCGAGAGGCCAUCGAAGCCGUGCACGUCAACAUCUACGACGUUCUAGAUGCCGAUGCUACCAAUCAAGCUGGAGGGAAAGCCAGGCCUCAGCGCUUCCAGACUCCCUAUGAGCUUUCGGAGUAUUCCAAGCGAAUGGACAAGAUCUACCCGAGGGAGGAUAUUAUCAGAAGUGAGCCAGAGGGGGCAUUAUUAAAGCAUAUCGCCAAUCCACGUUUGGAUGAGGAGUGGCAGAGAGAGAAGGAGGAGAAGAUGCGGAGGAAGAAGGAGAUGUUGAAGAGAGAAAGAGGAAAUUAAGACUGCAAGAAAUGUCUACAAGGAAAGGAAUCUAUCUAACUCAAUCACCCGGCGAACAAGGCAUAUGGGGAUAGGGACGAGGUUAAAGACAUGGCAUGUGCAUAAAGAAUAGCACAGGAAUACGAUUUGUUGCC